AUGGCCACAACGAUCUUGCUUGCGCACCGGUGUGGGUCGUGGUCGACCGAGGGAGAGGCGUAUGCCGUCGCGCUUAUCCAGAGCUUUCUCUUGGGCUACUACCCCACCGUCCUUCCCGGCACGUCGCUCCGCGUCUUCUUGGCCCACAAGCUCGACUGCUUGCCAAUGCGCAUCUCGAAAAAACUCGCGCAGCUCCACGCACCGGAUGCUGUGAACCCCAAGCACUUUGGCCGGCUGCGCUACGUCUGCGACCCAUCCGUGCUCCAUGGCAUCAAGCGCCAAGCCGCGCGCGACGAGCUCGAUCUGCUCGUCGUGUCGUUUGAUAAGGUCGUCGAGGUACAGCGGGCGACGCCGAUUCCGCGGCCGUUCAACACAGCACCGAGUGCGCGCGCAGGUCCGUGGAGCGACGAGGAGCAAGAUUACACGUAUGCCAUGAUCUCGUACUUUAUCCAAGGUCACCUUGGCUUGCCAGACGGCACGUCGCUCCGCGCGCACCUCUCGCGGCAGCUCGAGUGCACACCGAUGCGCGUCUCCAAGAAGCUGUCGCUGGCGACGCUGGCCGGCCACGCACUACCCCGCCGCGUGGGGACGCUGGGAUUUGUCGCCAACAUUGAGGCUGGCGCCGCGACGGGCCGGAACGACGCUCGCGCGCACUUGGUGCAGCUGCGCAGCGACUGCUUUGACGACGCCGGUCUCGUGCUCUUUCCGAUCAACGGCCACCGCCACGCGUAG